AUGCGGCUCUUUAAGUUCACCAGGGCCGUGAUUCCCGAUGGAUGCACCCCGCUGGUGCAACCUCUCGACGUAUCCAUAAACCGGAGCUUCAAGGCGGGGGUUCGCCAUUGUUACAGCACGUGGUUCGAGGAGGAUGGGAUCAACUUCACAACUUCCGCUGAUCGUGCUGACGUGGAUCGAGAGGCAUGGGCCGACGUGCUUGAGGAGUUGGUGCGCAAGUCGUUCCUCACCUGCGGAAUCUCGAACCUCGAGGACGGGAGCGAGGAUCAUCUGAUCCUCGCUCAUCUGCGUGACAAGGCAGAAAUCGAGGUGCUUGAGGAUGUGCAGGACGAGGAGAUGGACGAGCCCGUCCCCAACCCCUUCUACCCUGACCCCGCUGUACCCCCCGCUGAUUCGUACGUGGAGGCGGAGGAGGAGGCAGUGAUGAUGGCGGAGGCCGAUGCAGCCACUGAGGAGGCUGCAGCAGCCGACUCCUCUUCCGACGAGGAGGAGGCUGCAGCAGCCGACUCCUCCUCCGAGGGCAACGUGGAGGAGGAGGCCGAGUGGAGUGACGACGCGGAUGAUUGGUGGCUGUUAAAGUACUAA